UUUCAGUUUCGUUGUUGUUUGGUUUGGUUAGUUUUAGUUGGUUAGUUGGAAUCUCAGGAGCAGGCGGACUACGGAGAAGCGGUAAACGGUUGUCCGGCAAAAACGAGACCGAGACGCGCGCCUCUUUUUUCUCUCAGUGCAAAUGCAGGUCAGCGAAAGCUUCUCGUGCAGAAACUCUCACACAUGCACAGUCAUCGCCGAGCUUUAACUUUAACCGUUAAUCGCCGAACGUUACAAGGGUAACGCUGCGUUCCAACUAGGACCAUUUGAAAUGCAAACGACGCACGGCCGCAACAUCGACAACAAAAACAACAAACAGAGAAGCAACAAGAGCAGGAGAAUCCGCCAUUGAAGCACUCGACGAAAUCCGCCGCAGAAAAAGAAUUGAAGACAAAAAAAGAGAAGAGAAGAAAGACAAGAUCCAGAGUUUCGCCUUCUCAGCAAAAUUGGGGCAUCAAGGAGAAGCUGCUGACAAAUCAGAAUUAUCAAAUGGAGACGAAAAACCCCCCGCCAGUGACGAGCAGUUACCACCACCAGCGGGCGCCGCGCACGCCGGAGUCGUACUUCAACGUGCCGGAGUCGGUGGCACUGCUGAACAUCGUCAAGUCAGAGCGCAUCCAGAGCGCGUUCCAGUCAAACCGCAAGAACCAUGCCAGCGUAUGGGAGAUGGUCGCCGAGGUGCUCAACCGAUUCAGUGCCCGGAAGCGGACGGCCAAACAGUGCUGUAACCGGUACGAGAACCUCAAGAAGAUCUACACGCAGCUAAAGAAGAACCCGGAGCGCCAUGUGCGCCGCAACUGGCCGUACAUGUUCCUCUUCAAGGAGAUCGAGGAGCAGCGCGGCGAGUGCUGGGGCUCCAACGGCAAGCGCCUGGCGCUUAUCUCCAAGAACCACAACGAGCUCUCCUACUACCAGCGCCGGCGACAGGCGGCCGAACUGGGAGUGCUACUCAACAAGGACAAUCUCACCCCGCACCAGCACAGCCUCCUGCAGAGCCUGAGUCAGAGCCAGAGUCAUUCGCACGCCCACUCCACGGACUCCUCGCAGAGCGGGUGCAAGCUGGAGCGCUUCCUGCCCAACCACUUCGUGGAGGCUCAGCUGAACGAAGUGCCGUGCCCGGUCGGUGGGGCCGGUCCAGGGUCCGGUGGCGUUUCCGGCCUGUCCGGCGGCGCUUACGACGAGAGUCCCCUCCAGAUGCAGGUGGCCGCCGCAGCCGCCGCUGCCGCAGUGGCCGCCCAGAAGCGGCACGAGCUCCAAAUGGCCUGUGUCGGCGACGUUCAGAUAGCGCACGAGGACGACGACGAGGAUGAGCAUGAGCGUCCCGCAUUUAAAAACCGCCUCCACGGGCUGGGCCAUGGCUUGGGCCACGGUCCGAUGGAUGACCCCGGCGAGGCACCCGACUUUGAAAAGGACUGCAAUGGAGCCCUCAACAUGCACCACCAGAAUAACAACCACCAUGACAAUAACAUAUCCAUGAAGUCGGAACCACUUUCGGAAGGCGAGUUCAACCCGGACGACAUCCAGUUGAUGCAGACGAACUACAAUGGGGCACAGAACUACUAUUCACCGGGCCUGGAUCCAAAUAUUUUGCACCCCGACGUGAUCGUCGACACGGACAAUCUGUCCGACUGUUCCUCGUCCACCACGCUGAAGAAGAAGCGCAAGAUGUCCACCUCCACCGAUGGCGACAGCACCAACUACGAGCUGAUUGAAUAUCUGAAGCGGCGCGAGAAGCGUGACGAGGAGUUCCUCAAGCGGAUGGAUGCGCGCGAGGACCGUCUGAUGAACCUGCUAGAGCGCACGGUGGUGGCCAUUGAGACGUUAGCCGUAAAGCGAGCACUUUCGUUUUCGACGACGUCCAAAGAAAAGACGCCCACGGCAGCAGAUCGCUUUUCUCCGCCACAAGAAGCGCAAUUUUUAGCGCCACCAGCAUCGCAGGCAAAUCCCGCUGAACAGCCCAUUGCGGAGCGGAAAGGCAAUCCGCCAGCUAGCAGCAGCAGCUCCCUUACCGUCGGGGAUCAGGGUCACGUCAUCGAAGUGCCUGACGAUGGCGAUAGCGGUGGCGGUCCUCAGGCUAAGGACACGGCUGCCAAUGCCCCAAAAGCUGGAGAUGAAGAGCGAGCCGAUACCAAGCAGACAUAGAAUACAACACUCACACACCCACUAUUUUAACGCUCGCUAGACCUACUUAAACCUUCCACCCAUAAUCCCUCCCUACCACCAAUCCUGCCCGGAUGGCGGAGGAGGACACAGUGCCAAAGACGAGCCACGUCUCGAAUUUUUAUUGAGAUUGCAUGUUUACUUAGAGAGCCGACGAACGUGCUCAGCGGACGAAAGAAACUUAAUGGAAUGUUGAGCACCGCAAUUUUUGUUGCAGCGAUAAUUUUAAUUUUUUUUAAUUAGCUUUAGUUAGGCGGAAUCCCACAUCCGGAUGCCAAAUGAAUCUCAACACAGCAGGAUUCUCACCGCUACAAUAAUCUAGUUGGAGCUGCAACGGGGCUCAAAUGCAUUUGUGCAGCAACUUAAGCACAAUCAUUUCUUUUUUUUGUAAUCUAGAUAAAUACAUGUACGAUUUAAAAAAAACAAA